GGAUUUGAUAUUUUAAAGUUGGUUUGGCUGUUUUUGUUUUGAUUUUUUGUAUUGUGAUGAGGUGUUUUUAAUAUGGCGAAUAAAUUGACUAAUUUUUGACAGUUUAUAUUAACGAACAAACACUAAUUAUACAUGUUUUUUUUUCAUGACGAUGUUUACUUUACCAAAUUUUUGUCGAGUUUGCUUAAAAUAUGAUAAAAACCUCAUAGAUUUGGCGCAUAUCGAAAAUGAACCAAGCGAAACUUUAAUGAAUAAACUUCAACAUUGUGUAUCAGAAGUGGAAUGGACAAUUUUUAAGCCGUUAUUAUGUCAUCCCUGUAUAAAAAAAUUAAACAUAGCAUACAGCUUCAAGAAACAAUGUGUACAAUCUGCAGGGGUAUUAAAAAACUACAUAGAACUGGUGAAAGAAUCUCAAAAGAAAAACGAUUCACAAAACACCGUGAAAGCUGAAGGGGUAAUUCCAACAACAGGAGGUGCUUACAUGCUUCUCCCCAAUCAAAAAUAUGUAAAAAUUUUAGUGGGUGGACAAAACCAAACGACAAAUACAUUUCAAAAUGUCUUUUUGAAUCUAAUACCAGCGAGUUCGUUGAAUUCAGUUGUAACACCGAACCUCGAAGCCUCCAAUGGCAUUAAAACAAAAGAUACCAACCAAAAUGUAUUUUUAAAUCUCAAUAAUACCUUUUCCAAGUUCAUCCCCGUGUCACAAGUGACGAAAACACCCCCUGAACCAGAAAAACCCCCCAACCUGACGGUAAAUCAAAUUCUGACUGAGAGUAAAAGUGAGGAAUUGAGUGUGGAAAUAGAUCCGACUGUUUUUGAAUUAGAAGAAGACGAAUCUGUUCAAAAUGAAGAAGAAGAAGAAGUAAAUGAUUACGAUGAAGUUAUAACAAAAGCGAAAAUUGAUCUCAAGGACGGAAAACUAACGAAUGGGGUGAAAGUGCAAAAUGGUAAACAAGAAGAAAAACAUUUCGUUCCUAUUUUACCUAAAAAUACCGAGGAUUUUAUUUCGUCAGGUCAACAUUUUUUAUUCUCUUCAUCCGAAUCUUCGGGAACAUUCAAAUGCGAAUCAUGCCAAAAAACCUUCUCCACAAAGAAGUAUUUCAAAGCCCAUCUCAACCAGUUCCACUUGGGCAAAUCACCUUUCAAAUGCCAAUACUGUUAUUUAGAAUUUUUAACUAGAAAGGAAUACGAAUUGUGUUUAAAAACGCACAAAAUCGAAACAGAAUCAUCAAUAAACAAAUCGAUCACCCUACAAGAUUUCACCACCAAUUCCACCAGUUUAACAGAUCUACAACUAUCAGACAUAGAAGCCCUAAUACAACCAUCGGAGAACGGGGAAUACAAUUGCGACGUAUGUCGCAGACCGUUCACCAGCUCCACCGGACUUUUAAGGCACAAGGUACGCAAACAUAACCAAAAAAAUAAAAAAAAAUAUUUCAUCAAAGGUAUGAAGAACGCCAAAUGUGAUAUAUGCAAUCGAGAAUUUUCCACGCAAUCCUACAUGCAACUCCACAAAAAGUUGCACCUCAGAGACGAUAUCGGUUACAAAUACAAGGUGUUCGGUAAAAGUAAGUACGGCGAUAUCGAAAGGAACGGACAGCAGAUUAAAGACGAAGAAGCAGAUGAGAAAGUCGAAAGUUUGGACGUUACCCCGGAUAUUUUUACUGAAGAAGAUAGCAAUGAGGAAAAAUAUGAAGAUCCCUCAACUAGUACGGACAGAAAUACCAGUAAAAUGGAAUUAGACCAAGAGAACGAUACGGAAGACGAUGAAGAAGAAGAGGAAGACUCCAAAUUAAAUAUAGAUACAGAUGUGAUAAAGAAAGAAAAGGAAAGUGAUUUAGGGUGAGUUUAUUGUAAUAUAUAUAUAAAAUAAUAAAAAAGAGUCUCGGUGGAAAGAAGGAAAAGACGAAUACAAUCCCUGGUUAAAAAUAUGGAAAAAAAUGAUAUUUUUGUUUUGUUCAGGAAUUUUGUAGAUACUAAAUUUAGUUUUAAUCAAAUUUUAUCUACUAAAACGUCUUUAAAGUGCCUUAUAUAUCAUUAUACUUUUGUUUUUGUACUACCCUUUUUACAUUCACAAUUAUUAUUUAAUCCUUUAUAUAAUUUAAAUUUCGCGGUAAAAACCCCCGCCGGAUUAUAUGUCAUUCGCUAGAAACGUUCGUUAAUCAACAGGCUUGUUCGCGCGAUAAUCCGGAAUCGGUUUUGGGCUGUUCGUUUAGUGGGCUUUGACAGUUUUUACACUGAUUCGGAAUGAGCGGCGAAUAACGCUUUCACUCUUGCAAUGUCAUUAGCGUAUAAAAAGAAGAAACUUUCAACAUGGUGUAAUGUGACUGAACGUGUGCUUGUGCCGGAUUUUUAAGAAAUAAUUUCGUUGAAUGAAGUUAGUGGUUUUUGAUAUAUCUAAAUUGGAGUUAUAAAUUUAAAUCAACUCGCGAAAUAUUUAUUUGUUUAAGAUGUGAAUACUGUUAUUUUUUGUUUGUGUCGAAAUGAAAACGUUUUGUACUUGGUUUUAGUGUUUACUGAUUUUAAAUAAAUUGUGAUGUUAAUAGGCAAAGGAAUAUAAUACUAAAGUGAAUUAUCGAGAUUUGUAAUAUUAUUUUUAAAAUUGAAACUAAAUUUAUGUAUUUACAUGGCGAAUGGAAAUUUUAACGAUAUAUUUAAGGCUUUAAUUAAAUAUAUAGUAUUUGUCGAUUUUAAGGUCUCAGGUUAUGUUUAAAAGCUAAUAGCAACCUCUAGUAAUGUACUUUUUAGCACGACAUCAUUUUCAGAGAGUUUUUUAUCAAAUUUAUUCAUUUUCUAUUUGUAUAAAUUUUGAAGGACUUCUUGUAUAAAUCAAUUUGUUUAUUUAGUUUUUUUUUUGUAUGUUCUCCUCUAUUUUGGCAAAUUUCUAAAGAAAAUCAGGCACAAUUAAUUUUUCAGUCUUCAUUUAUCCAUAAUUCUGAGAUAAGAUAAAUUCGUGUUUUUUUAUCGUAGAAUUUGGAAGAACUUUAUGCAUAUUUCAAUUUUUUUUAUAUUUAUAUUCAAGUAUUCUUAACAAAACUCAAUUUUCUGCUUCUAUAUGUAUACUUUUGGUCUAAUUUUCGGCAUAAUUUAAAAUUCUUACUUCUUAUUCUUAUACCGUUGAAAAAAUGUUUGUUUUAAAGCAUCUUGUGUCUUCUUUUUUGAGUUUUCUUGAGAAAAGUUUCGUUAAAACAUAAUAUUUUCUGUUUAUUUUUAUAUAAUCAUUAUUUUGAUACACUAUUAUUCAAAUUUUCAUUUUUUCCAUACAAUUUGAAGAGCAUCAAUCAAUAUAAUUUAAUUAGAGCCUUUUUAACCUCUAAACAUUAGGUUACUGUUUAAUACCAAAUUUUAUUGAAUAUGGGACUUCGUUUUUUUCUCCUAUUUCUAGAAGUUCUCUCAUUCUUUUAUUGUUUCCAUCCCUUUAUCAAUUUCCAUAUGUGAAUCGAUUAUUUGUUUCGAGAAAAUAAGGGAUUUUGUAGGAAACAGGAUGAAAACGUGCGCCUCGACUUAUUUGUAUAUAUUGUUAAUUCGAGAAAAAAAAUAAUAGGUACAUACCCUAUAAAUUGUAAUUUUUUUAUAAAAAAUUAUGAAAAAAAAUUUGCAAUAAAAUUCAAUACAGAAACAUUUUAGGAUAUUACUAAAGUGUUUUAUUUUCAAUAAAUAGAAAUAUCAAUUAAGGUAUAUGUCAAAAUUGAUAGUAUUUAUUUUUGAAUUUCACGUAAAAUUGUAAAUACAGUUUUUUUAUCAUCAACAAAUAGUAGGUAUUAAAAAUAACUAUAUUGUAUAUUGAAUCCCAUCUCUACACUUCGAUAUAAUCUCGUUUUACCAUAGAACUACAUGUACUGCUACUUUGUUCCCAAAACAUCUAAAAUGACUAACGUCAAUUUGAUCUUGCACGUCUAUGGACGAUUCGAAAUAAAUCGAUUGGUUCUUAUUUGGAAUCGAUUUUUUAAUUGAAAAUCCUCACCGAUUGACAUUAGUUUUAAUAGGGAGAAUAGCAGUCCAUGAACUGUAUGGUCCAAUUCAACAUUUUUUUUUUUAAUUUUAUAUAUUUGUUGUUUACAAAUUGAAAUGCGUUUUAAAAACUGUCUUUCAUUGCAAUACAGUAUUGAUAUAUCGUUUUUAUAUUAUAUAUACAUUCUUCUUUAAAAAGACUGUCAUAUAAUUGACAAUAAAUUGUGGCACAUUGAUAUUUAUUUUCGAAUAAAAGGAUAAUUUUUUGAUACGAACAAUUUUUUAGCAUUUCCAUCAGUCAUAACAUAACCUACAAAUAACUGUAUAUGUAAUAUUUAGUUUUGAAGGUUGUCAAGUAUACAAACAGCUAAAAACUAAAUUCCCCAGACAUUUCCGUUGUUUACCAAUAUAAAUUAUAUCAUUUAAAAGACAUAUCAUAAGUGUGAAUAUACUCAUUUUAUUGGUGAAUCAUUUUUUAAUAUUAAUUAUUUUUUUAUUCGACAAAUGUGCCGAACAACGUCCAAAGUUUUAGUUUUUUGUGUUUUAUAUCGUCGAAAUAGAUUAAAUAGUUAGUUUUUUUUUUAAUUAUAGCAUAUAAACAAAUAUGUAAUCAUAAUUUUUAUUGUACGUUAAGAUUUUAUAUAUAUAUAUAUACCUACAACCCCCCUCGGUAAGCGUAAUAUUUUUUUAUCUACGCAUUUUGUACAUUAAUUUCGCUUUUAUUUUUACUUAACGGAAACAGUUGAGUGCUUCAUGACUGACAAGCCCAAAUAUUAAAGUUUGCACUAAUAAAUAAGAAAUAAAACAUUUUUAUCA